AUGAAAGCUGUGGCAGUACUGUGUUUGAUCGGUGUGGUAUGUGCCGCACCGUCACCAUCUUGUUCAGACAGUGAGAGUUCGGUGGAAAACAAAAAAAACAAUGCUGCGAUCCUUCGCUACGAUAACGAUAAUCGAGGACUCGGACAAUACAAUUUUGCAUUUGAACAAUCAGACGGCACAAAGCAACAACAGCAAGGUGAACUCGUUAAAAAAGGCUCUGAUGAAUACCUAUCCGUUAAAGGCAAGUACACGUACAUAGGCCUAGACGGUGUUACUUACACCGUAACGUACACCGCAGAUGACGAUGGAUACAAACCCGAGAUAGAACAGGGCCCAGGUGGUGCUGUACCUGAUGCCGUAGUCGCCUCCCUACUUGGA